CGUACUACAUGCAUUUGCAUUAAAUAACUGUGUGAAGAAAAACUGCGUUCUCUCUCUCUCUCCCUCUCUCUCUCUCUCUCAACAAAAUCGCGAUUCGCUCUUCUUCGAAAACCUCGACAACGAGAAGAGCGAUUGGAGUGAGAGAAGAUGGGGUUAACGUUCACGAAGCUGUUCAGCAGGUUAUUCGCGAAGAAGGAAAUGAGGAUUCUGAUGGUAGGUCUCGAUGCUGCUGGUAAGACAACCAUCUUGUACAAGCUCAAGCUCGGAGAAAUCGUCACCACUAUCCCUACCAUUGGAUUUAAUGUUGAGACCGUGGAGUACAAGAACAUCAGCUUCACUGUAUGGGAUGUUGGUGGUCAGGACAAGAUCCGUCCACUGUGGAGGCACUACUUCCAGAACACCCAGGGUCUCAUUUUUGUUGUUGAUAGCAAUGAUAGAGAUAGAGUGGUUGAGGCAAGGGACGAGUUGCACAGGAUGUUAAAUGAGGACGAACUUAGAGAUGCUGUUUUGCUUGUUUUUGCCAACAAACAAGAUCUUCCUAAUGCAAUGAAUGCUGCAGAAAUAACUGACAAGCUUGGACUUCAUUCCCUCCGCCAACGCCACUGGUAUAUCCAGAGCACUUGUGCAACUUCUGGAGAGGGUCUCUAUGAGGGUUUGGAGUGGCUUUCUAAUAACAUUGCCAGCAAGGCAUGAGAGAUUUGAAAAAUUUUGUUAUUGUCUCUGGUGAUUUCAUGCGAGGCUGGCGAUUCUUGGAGAAAGAUGCUUUUUCUUUCAAGUGCAUGGUGUAAUAGCAGAAUGUUAGAAAUAUUCUCACCCUCGGUGUAACUUGGGUUUGUAUGAUUGCUUAAAUUAGCUAAUACUUUUAGCUAUAUUUGGAACUCUUGUAAUAUCCUUCGGCGUGCCUUGUUCAUGUUCAUUUUGUUAGUUUGAUUAUCGGAUAAAUAUUUCCUUGCGUUAUGUUCCUGCUUGGGCUAUUUAUGAUAGUGGUAUUGUCAAGCCAUUGUUGAAUCAGGACUGAAAAUUUGCUCCAUUUGUUCUUGGGCCAAGAGUCACCGUUGCUCAAGUAUAGGCUUCGCUCAGUUCCAAUUACAGAUAGCGACUCAAAACUAAGCCAUUUAUUGGGUGAGAUGCAAUGAUCAUAUAGUGACAAAAAACAAAAGAAGGAUUAAU